AUGAAGCUAGCUGACUUGUGCUGGCUGAGCUCAGCCGUCCUGGCUGCUCAGAGCUUUUUGGUUGUGGCAAACAAUGAAACAGAUGAAGUUAGGGAUGAAACCAUGAAGGACGCCUGCCCGGUGAGGCUGGAAAGCAGAGGGAAAUGCGAGGAGGGAGGAGAAUGUCCCUUCCAGGUGAGCCUGCCCCCCUUGACUCUUCAGCUCCCGAAGCAGUUUGGCAGGCUUGAAGAGGUGUUCAAAGAAGUCCAGAACCUCAAAGAAAUUGUAAAUAACCUGAAGAGAUCUUGCCAAGACUGCAAACUACAGGCUGACGACAGCAGAGACCCAGGCAGGAACGGACUACUGGUCCCCAGCUCUGGAGCCCCAGAAGAGGCUGCUGACAACAGAGUUAGAGAAUUAGAGAGCGAGGUUAACAAGCUGUCCUCUGCCCUGAAAAAUGCCAAAGAGGAGAUUGACGGGCUUCACGGUCGCCUGGAGAAGCUGAAUCUCGUCAAUAUGAACAACAUAGAAAACUAUGUUGACAGAAAAGUGGCCAAUCUAACAUUGGUUGUCAACAGUUUGGAUGGCAAAUGUUCAUCACAGUGUCCCAGCCAAGAACAAAUACAAUCACGUCCAGUUCAACAUCUAAUAUAUAAAGAUUGCUCUGAGUACCACACAUUAGGCAAAAGAAGCAGUGAGACCUACAGAGUUACACCUGAUCCCAAAUACAGUAGCUUUGAAGUUUACUGUGACAUGGAGACCAUGGGGGGAGGCUGGACAGUGCUGCAAUCACGUCUUGAUGGAAGCACCAACUUCAACAGAACAUGGCAAGACUACAAAGUUGGUUUUGGAAACCUCAGAAGAGAAUUCUGGCUGGGAAAUGAUAAAAUCCAUCUUCUGACCAAGAGUAAGGACAUGAUUCUGAGAGUAGAUCUUGAAGACUUUAAUGGUGUCAAACUAUAUGCCUUGUAUGAUCACUUUUAUGUGGCUAAUGAGUUUCUCAAAUACCGUGUGCACAUUGGUAAUUAUAAUGGCACGGCCGGAGAUGCUUUACGUUUCAAUAAACAAUAUAACCAUGAUAUGAAAUUUUUUACCACCCCAGAUAGAGACAAUGAUCGAUACCCUUCUGGGAACUGUGGGCUCUUCUACAGUUCAGGCUGGUGGUUUGAUGCAUGCAUUUCUGCAAACUUAAAUGGCAAAUAUUAUCACCAAAAAUACAGAGGUGUCCGGAAUGGGAUUUUCUGGGGCACCUGGCCUGGUAUGAGUGAUGCACAUCCUGGUGGCUACAAGUUCUCCUUCAAAGAGGCCAAAAUGAUGAUUAGACCCAAGCACUUUAAGCCAUAA